AGAGUCCACUGUCGCACUGGAAAUCAGAGCGAGACGUAGCGGCUAGGCAAGCACUUUAAUUUGGAAGAAAGCCAAGAAGUACUCCAAGUGAAAAGAUGGGUGAACAACGGCGAUGCGCAAUUAGUGCUCGAAUUAUUGGAGUAAUGCAAAGAGACGAAUCCACCGUAAAGAUGUUCAUGAUAUCCAUGUUGUGGUCGGAUCAGAGUGAAGGGAUUAUUUACAGAUCUUUCCACGAUUUUAAGAAAUUAAAUAAACAAUUGAAGAAAAGGUUCGUUGUUGAGAAUCCUUUCCGGAAGCAGAACCGAGUCAUUCCUAAAUUCAGAGACCGAAUCAUAAAGACCAGCUUCCAGAAGAAGAGUGGUCCGGGGAAGGCCAUGCGCCGCAUGAGGUCCCUGGAGUCCUACUGCACCCAACUGCUCAACUGUGACUCCUCUGUGACACAGAGUUCAGAAGUCAUCCAGUUCUUCAUUCCAAAAGAUCAUGACCUGCAGCCCGACUUUGCCAAAAACAGCACUAUGAUCCUGCCUUCGGAGGACCUGACGGGGGCUGGGGGGCUGGGAGAAGGCCACAGCCAAAGUCAGCGUCUGAGCAUGGGCAACGUGACACAUCCAUUUGUGACGCGGAUGUACCGUUGUGUGGCGCCAUACGAGACCAAAGACACCAUGAACCGGGCCUUUCCAGUAGCCCUGGGAGAGAGGCUCGACGUGCAGAUAAAAGACCCCGCAGGCUGGUGGCUGGUUGAGAAUGAGGAUAAGCAGCUGGCCUGGUUUCCAGCCCCUUACCUGGAGUUGUGUGAUGAAGAAGAGGAGGAAGAUGAGGAGGAUGGAAUUCCCCUUGGAGACAUGCUGUUCUGUGCAGUGAGGACAUAUUCUACGAAGCAACAUGACGAGAUCUCCGUUCCUAUUGGCUCUGUGGUGGAGGUCCUGAGGCAGUCGGACGAUGGCUGGUGGCUCUCCAGAUACAAUGGCAGAGUCGGCUAUGUUCCCUCCAUGUACCUGCAGCCCUACCAAAACCCACGCGCCGGCCUGCACUCCUUCCAGAGGAAGCUGCAUAGUUCCUCCCUGAACCUGGCAACCCAGUCAGUGACCGGCAAAUCUGGCAAUCUUAACCCUCCCAACCUGCAUGAGAGCAGCCUGAAGAAGCCUUCCCCUGCCCAGCGAACCAAAUGGCUCCAGAAGGCGAGGUCUUUGGAUGACCUGUCUGACACCCGGCCCGGCUCGGCCCCGGUAGAGAGGGAGGAGUUGGGCUCAGAGAGCCGGAAGAGCAGCCUCGAUGCUUCCAGCACAGGGUCUGAAUUCAGCUUCUCCUCUGGGAGCUCCUCAGGUAGUGAGUCCUCCACCCCCCCCUUCCCCCCCACUGGAGCCGAGCCCCUGACCCACCCAGAUAGCCCCUCAUCCUCACCCCCCCUGCCUGGGCGGAGCAGCGACGGCCAGGGUAGCACUGACAUCAGCCUACCAGGCCUGAGCCUCAGCAGCAGCCCCAGUAAGAUGUCUUGCCCCAGGGUGCCCCCCCGGCCCCAGGCCCACGAGAUUCUGACCCGCUGUACCACCAUGACCCGCAAGGCUGCCCUGGCCUCCAAAGCCAGACUCCUGCCCCAGCCUGGCCUCGUCCUGACCUACUAGAGAGGGAGGAAAGGGGGGGACAGAUGGGAGACCAGGUUAUAGACAGAGAAUGAAAGGGAUGGAGAUACGGAUGGAGAAAGGGUGUUUAUGUAUUUUAAGGGUCACUUGUUGACCACGACUGCCGUCAGACAGAUUUUCUAUUUAAGUUGCAUCUACAACUGUAUGUUGAAUGGGCCUCGUACCCUGCACUUUAGCCUGUCUGCACUUUAGUACUGCAAUGGGAAGGAGUGAGAGGGUCAAUUGUUCAGAUAAAUCAAGAUCGUCGUUCAUUUACAUUAUGUAACAUGUUAAGGUGAUUUAAUGUUACAUUCAAAAAGAAAAUAUGUUUUAUUUACGUUUUCAUUUUCAGUGGGAUACUAAUUCAAAUGGCCUAUGUGCAUGAAUGAAGUAUGUUUAUAACACAGAAAAAUUAUACUUAAAAAAUUUACACUGUAGAUAAGUUUGAUAGGUUUCUUUCACUGAUGUCUAAAGUUUGUUAUUCCAUAGUGGAACAUUACUGUAACCAUUUAUUAAUGAAGGGAAUAUGGCAGUUUACUGUAAAUACAGUACACACCCAUGUAUAUGCACCUUUUAUAAUGUUGAAUUAAACCAUUUCAAAUAACUUUUA